UCACUCACGAAGCCGGGUGGUUCUUCUGCGCAUGUGGGGCCGCCGCUGCUGCUGCUGUUUUCUGUCUGAAGGUGGGGAAGGCGAGGCGGGAGGACGGAGCGACCCACCAACCUCGCGCUGUCCCUCUCCCUGCGUCCUAGCCAUGGCCGGCUACGAGUACGUGAGCGCCGAGCAGUUGGCCGGCUUCGACAAGUAUAAGUACAGUGCCGUGGACAACAACCCCCUCUCCCUGUACGUCAUGCACCCAUUUUGGAAUACGGUGGUUAAGAUUUUCCCUACGUGGCUGGCCCCAAAUUUGAUAACGUUUUCUGGCUUCCUGCUGCUUGUCUUCAACUUCUUCCUCAUGGCAUAUUUUGAUCCUGACUUUUAUGCAUCUGCACCUGAUCAUGUCCAUGUUCCCAACAAACUGUGGGUCAUAGUGGGCCUUCUCAAUUUCAUCGCUUACACGCUAGAUGGCGUGGACGGGAAGCAGGCUCGCCGGACCAAAUCCAGCACCCCGCUUGGCGAGCUCUUUGACCAUGGCCUGGACAGCUGGGCUUGUAUGUUCUUCGUGGUGACGGUGUAUUCCACCUUUGGCCGGGGAUCCAAUGGUGUCAGUGUCUUUGUCCUCUACCUCCUCCUGUGGGUGGUUUUGUUCUCCUUUAUCCUCUCCCACUGGGAGAAAUAUAACACAGGGAUUCUCUUCCUGCCAUGGGGAUACGACAUAAGCCAGGUGACCAUUUCGAUUGUGUACAUAGUGACCUCGAUUGUGGGAGUGGAGGCCUGGUACAGACCUUUCCUGUUUAAUAUCUUAUAUAGAGACCUAUUCACUACAAUGAUUGUCGGUUGUGCGCUCACUGUGACCCUUCCCAUGAGCCUGCGUAAUUACUACAAAGCCUACUCAAACAAAACGUUGAAGCAUGACUCCUUUUACGAGGCGAUGCUGCCUUUUCUCUCGCCGGUGCUGCUCUUCGUCUUGUGCACCGUCUGGAUCUUCCAGUCACCAUCAGACAUCCUGGAGGUCCACCCUCGCCUCUUUUACUUCAUGUUCGGGACAGCGUUUGCUAAUAUUUCGUGUCGGCUGAUCGUCUGCCAGAUGAGCAGCACCCGAUGCCAGCCUCUCAACUGGAUGCUCCUGCCGCUCGUCCUGGUCCUCCUGGUCACCAUGUCGGGGCAAGUACCGCAAUAUGAAAGUCUGCUCCUCUACUUGCUCACUAUCAUCAUCACCCUGGCGCACAUCCACUACGGAGUCUGCGUGGUGAACCAACUGAGCAAGCAUUUCAACAUCCGGCCCUUCUCUUUACGGAAGCCCAACUCCGAUUGACUAGACAUGGAGGAGGCAGCAGAAGAGGAGAAAGUCAGCCUGCAGUCUGCAGAGGGGCUGUAAAUUCAGCCCCCUGUGUAAAUAUACUUCAGCCAUCACCAUGGAACUAAAAUUGACCCAGUUUGGAAGGUCAUGGGGGAGGGGGCAGAGAGCUCGAGAGAGAGAGAGAGAGAGAGAGAGAGAGACUGGCAGUAGAGACCAUUCUUUCCCUGUCCCCUCCAUCAUGCCACACGAGGGGGAAGAAACUUCACAGUCACGAGCCUGCGUCAGACCAGCAGAAUGUGCCCCAGGCAACCUGAAGUCCAGGCGUAGGAGCCGUGCCACUCGGGGCUCUUGAGACAUCUCAAAACAAAAACAAGGCCCUAACAGUGGCUCAGGAGCCACAGGGCUGCCACAGAACAUCCACGGGCUGCGGUGAAGGGUGUGGCUUCUUGUAAACAAAGGAUGAAGUGGUGGACUUCUCCACAGAUUCAGUCGUGCCAAGGGGCUUUUGUAGGAAAUACAUUGUGGAAGGGGCUUGAUGGAAAUCAUUUGGUUGAAGCAUGACUGAUGUGCAGAAUGUCCCCCCUACACACACACACACACACACCAUUCUCCCAUCCACCUGCUUCCAUUGUGACCCUGCAGACACUGAUGCUGAAGAAUGCAGUAAACUCAGACGUAUCUCGAAAGGCGGUCAUCCCACGAAGUGCCAGUAGACACACGUGGAGCCUGAGGGACUUUGGCGAAAUAGUCAGAUCCUCCUACGUGAUGUUUACUGCAGGGGCUUUGUUUUGUUUGUGGUCUAUGCCGUUAACUUUCUUGUGAUAAUGUGUACGCUCGCAACUGCAAUAUUGUGAAAUUGGGAGGCUCUUUCGUCAGGCACAUUAAGUGUACGUACACAGACCUUCCUAGCACUGUGUUGUUCUGGUACGGGGAGAGGAGGUGAUUAAUUUGUGUUCUCUUUUCUUGGGGGAGGGGAUGGGGGAAAUGCGAAAGAGAAACUCAUUCCGGAACCCAUCUUUAGUAGACCCCUCUAACCACGUGGCUUUUUUUCCUGUGUCUCCAACUGGCAAUGUUGUGUUCAACCAUUUCUUAAUCCUGUUUAAAACCGAAGUGGUGAUGAAGAUUCAAGUGCUGAUUUUUUUUCUCUCUCUCCUGUUUAUUUAAUGAAGAAUACUUUUUUAAAAAAAUGUGCUUGUAUGAAGAGUGCAGCCUAAACCCAAGUUCCUUGGAAAGGCCGCACCCGGAAGAAACGGAGCGCAGCCGAGGAUGUUCAUAUGUAAUUUACAGCAGGGUAAAAGUUUCAUGUUAUGAAAUGAAAGGAGAAUCCAGCUUGGAAUAUCCUUCUUGUGGGUGAGAUAUAUUUCUGUAGGGGGAAAAAACAACUCAAUUGUGAAAUUACUAUUUAACUUUUUUUUUUGUAAACUUGAAUCAUUAUGUCAAACAAGAUGUAAGCAAUGUAAAAUCCAGGAACCAGUUCUUAGCUCCCUUUUCUUUUUUCUGUAUAUAGAUUUUUUUUAAAAUAAGUUUGAUCACAACUCCUGUUUGUAAUGUUCAGUGUGCAAGGGAAGAGCAGAUUCUGAUAAUUACUGGUACAGUUUGCAAAAAAAGGAGUAAGGGGGGAGGGGGCAUGAAUGACGAAACAUUCUGAUCUUGCUUUUCAAGUGAGUGUUGAACAGAUGUGAGAAAGGGGAUUUUCCCCAUUUUCAUUAGAUGACUUUGCACAGGGAAAGUAGUGUACAGAGAGAAUUCAGAUGUGCUUGAACAGCUGAUGGCUGUACCAGGUGGAAUCGAAUACAGUAAUAGGUUGUAAAUUGCACCUUGGGGGAAAAAUGUAGAACAAAGUUUAAAAUCUUACAGAGCCAUACUGUCCAGGUCUGGAGGCUGCCAAUUCGGGGCAGGAGCAUGGCUUUUGUGUGUGCAUGUGUAUUUAUGUGAUGAAUCAUUGCAGGAAUAUUUGGUCCCCCUUCUCUUUCUUUUGAAGCAGGGCUUAUCUAACUGGGGGUUCUAUGGUAGUGUUCUGGAGGCUGCUGCCUUGUACAAAUCCUCUGGAUGGAAGAUUGACUUUUCACAGAAGCCGAAGGUUUUAAUAGGGGGGAGUGUACCCCCUGCAUGCAAAACCCAGACUUGAUGAUAUUGUGCAGUAGAUCAUUCCUUCAGUGACUGCCUGGAAGCAUAGUUGUCAUUACCCAGGCUCAGUUGCCCAUGCCCAUUGAUACGCCAGGAGAAGCCUCCACGUGACAAUGUUUCUGUGUUUAAGUUACUUGCUUAUUCCAAGGCAGAGCUCUUGUCUGUAUCCUUCUGUCUCAGUCCCUGGUUCUGCUUUCCUAUCUGUCUGAGCUUCUUUGGUGCCUUAAAUGACUUGCCUCAAGCUGAGGAAAGAAGUCGACUGUCUUAAAAAACAAACAAAAAAAACCCCCACAGGUUUUUUUUUUUAAAUU